AUGGCGGAGGCGGCGGAGCGGCUGGGCCGCUGGGAGCGGCGCCCGCAGCCGGCCGCGCCGCUCAGCGAGCGCCAGAGCCGCUCCGUGCUCGACGUGAAGGCGGCAGCCGAGGACCUGCCCGUGCCGCCCGAGCUCCCCAUCGAGGACCUGGGCAGCCUGACGGCGCCGUCGCUCGCCGUGGCGCUGACGGCCGCGCUGCCGGACUCCACGGAGGACGUUCUCCUGAAGGGAUUUGCCACGCUGGGCAUGGAGGGCGAGAGAAUUGAGACGGCCCAGCAGUUCUUCUCGUGGUUUGCCCAACUGCAGACGCAGAUGGAUCAAGAUGAAGGUGCAAAGUACAGACAGAUGAGGGAUUACUUGUCUGGCUUUCAGGAGCAGUGUGAUGCUAUCCUGAAUGACGUGAAUAGUGCCCUUCAGCACCUGGAAUCACUGCAGAAGCAGUAUCUCUUUGUGUCCACAAAGACAGGAACACUACAUGAAGCCUGUGAACAACUUCUGAAGGAGCAGUCAGAGCUUGUUGACCUGGCUGAAAACAUCCAGCAAAAACUUUCUUAUUUUAAUGAGCUGGAAAAUGUUAGCACAAAAUUGAACUCCCCUACGCUGUCUGUGAACAGUGAAGGAUUCAUUCCCAUGCUGGCUAAGCUCGAUGAUUGUAUUGCAUAUAUUUCUUCACAUCCAAACUUUAAAGACUAUCCUGUAUAUUUGACGAAGUUUAAGCAAUGCCUUUCUAAAGCUAUGCACCUGAUGAAGACAUACACUGUGAACACACUACAGAACCUCACAAGCCAGUUAAUGAAAAGGGAUCCUUCAGCUGUGCCAAAUACUGACAAUGCCUUCACGCUGUUUUAUGUAAAAUUCAGAGCAGCUGCUCCCAAAGUCAGAACUCUUAUUGAGCAAAUAGAGCAAAGAUCUGAGAAAAUGCCAGAGUAUCAACAGCUUCUCAAUGAAAUCCAUCAGUGUUACCUUGACCAGAGGGAGCUUCUACUUGGUCCAAGUAUCGCAAGCACCGUCACAGAAUUAACCAGUCAGAACAACAGGGAUCAUUGUGCUCUGGUACGAAGUGGUUGUGCCUUUAUGGUCCAUGUUUGCCAAGAUGAACACCAGCUUUACAAUGAGUUCUUCACAAAACCGACACCAAAACUGGAUGAACUCUUGGAGAAGUUGUGUCUUUCAUUGUAUGAUGUUCUGAGGCCGAUGAUCAUCCACGUUAUUCACUUGGAGACUCUCUCUGAACUCUGUGGGAUUCUCAAGAAUGAGAUGCUUGAAGAUCACGUACAGAACAAUGCUGAGCAACUGGGUGCUUUUGCUGCUGGUGUCAAGCAGAUGUUAGAGGAUGUUCAAGAGCGUCUUGUCUACAGGACACACAUUUACAUUCAGACUGAUAUCAUAGGCUACAAGCCUGCUCCGGGGGACCUUGCAUAUCCUGACAAGUUGGAAAUGAUGGAGCAAAUUGCACAGAGCUUGAAAGAUGAACAGAAGAAACUGUCAUCUGAGGCUUCAUUUUCAGAUGUCCGGCUAGAAGAUCCAGAGUCCUGCAGCCUGGCUAAAUCUGGUUCAGCAGAAUCUCUCAAUCCCAGGCACCAGACGACGAUUUCACCAGCAGAUCUGCAUGGGAUGUGGUAUCCUACUGUCAGAAGGACUCUGGUGUGUCUCUCCAAGCUCUACAGAUGCAUAGAUAGGGCCGUGUUUCAGGGGCUGUCGCAAGAGGCUCUGUCUGCCUGCAUCCACUCGCUGCUCGGAGCCGCCGAUGCCAUCAGCAAGAACAAGACCCAGGUGGAUGGACAACUUUUCUUAAUAAAACACCUUUUGAUUCUUCGCGAACAAAUUGCUCCUUUCCACACUGAAUUCACCAUUAAGGAAAUUUCCCUGGACCUUAAGAAAACUAGAGAUGCAGCAUUUAAAAUCCUCAACCCAAAGACAGUGUCAAGAUUCUUCAGGCUAAACAGCAACAACGCCUUGAUCCAGUUCUUACUGGAGGGUACUCCAGAAAUCAGAGAACAUUAUAUUGACUCUAAAAAAGACGUAGAUCGUCACCUGAAAUCAGCUUGCGAGCAGUUUAUUCAGCAGCAGACCAAACAGUUCAUAGAACAGCUGGAGGAGUUCAUGACAAAGGUGUCUGCUUUAAAAACAAUGGCCACUCAAGGAGGUCCCAAAUACAGCCUGUCCCAGCAGCCGUGGGCACAACCAGGUAUUUGCUGUGUUUUGCCUUCCUCUGUUACCUCCAGGAUGCUUGUGUGUUGAUAAAGCCCCACUCAUUUACUCUUUUGAGACUUGAAAACUUCUUCUGAAGUGGAAGAAAAAAAAAAGACCUCUUCCACUCAUCAUUUUUGAUAGAGUGGCAUGAGCUGCAUUAUAUAGAGAUGGAUUAUUUCAGAAUGUCACUUCAGUGCAUGACUUCUGAAAAAAAAGCCGGUAAUCUGAAAAGUUGGGCAUGUUAGGGUGGAUUUUGACAAUGAGAUGUGGAAAUUUCAGAGUAAGAACUAAAAACCUAUAACUGACACCUAAGCAUUAUCUUUUUCUUGAAAGUCUUGGGUUAUGUUUUGACCUGCAUUCUAGUUAAAAUGCCCUAAGAUUCCUCGGAAUGAAAUCUGGCGAACUCCAGAGUGUGCACUUAGUUGGUGGGGAAGAUGAAUGACUUCAGCAUUUCUCAGGCUGGGCCUGUACUUGCAUGAAAACAGCAUUUCCAUAACUGAAUACAUAAUGUACUUAGGAUAUUACGUGAUCACAUUAAGAUAAAUCUUCUGCUUUGAUAGGAAAAAGUGAGUGAACAGUGAAUAUUGUCGGUACAUUCGGUGACCAUUUCCUCUUCAGUUUUUCAGUGACUGUCUCAAAUGCAGCUUUGCUUCCCUCUUCCUAAGAAAUCAAAUGCAAAUGUUCCAUAGGAGAUUUGGUUCUGUGGCCGAGUUGAGAUGUUCCUGGAUUGUUUUACUGUUCAUGUUACAAAGUUAUGCUGACACAUGGCACUGAGAAAUCUUAUUAUGCUACUUCAUUGGAGCCUUCUGUUGUGUCACGUUCUUAAAAUGCAAAGCCAGCCACAUUCAUUCAUAAUUCAGUGCUGCUCCGUGGUUCACACGAUCCCAAGGGCUCACUUGGGCUCCUGCUUAUUUCUGGCUU